CCUCGCCCACCUGGCCGCGCUCGGCUCAGCAGCGGCCGCCGCAGCAACAUGUUGCCCAGGGGAGCCUCGUCCAUGCCGCAGCCUCCCAACCCCGCUCCCUACUUCCCGCCUCCGCGGGUCACGCUGCCCUCCGGCCUGGAGAUCCUGCGCACCUUCUCGGGAGCCGUCAUCUUCCUGGAGAUCCUGUUUGGAACAAUAGUCUGGAUUUUGGUUGCCUCUACCCGAGUUCCACUGCCACUGCUGCAGGGAUGGGUAAUGUUUGUGGCAGUGACAGCGUGGUUCCUCUCCAUUGUGUUCCUCUCUGUCUUCCUCUUUGGUUAUGCAAAUAGAAUUGCUGUCAACUGGAACCAGGCGGAUUUUAUCUUCCAUGGGGCUACUUUUGUCUUCUAUUUUGGAGCAUUUCUACUGCAAGCAGCAACUACAUCUCUGCAUCACCUUCCCCGCAAAUUCAACUCCACCACACAGGAGAGCAUUCUGAGUGGUCGUGAAUAUAACAUCAGCAUAGCCGCCUCGAUUUUUGCCUUUGCAACAGCUAUUUGUUAUGGUUUCAGCACAGCCCUGGCAUUAAGGAGAUGGAGGCUAAAUAACAGCUGAAGAGAGGUUAAUGCCCAUUGUUCCACUUCAGAUCAAAUUAAGUGCUACUUGUCUGUUUUACUGUAACUUAAUUCUAAAAAGACUUUUUUUUCCUGCCUAAAAUCUGCUUUAAAUGCAAGUAACCCCUAAUCAGGAUUUCUUCAACAGAAAAAAAAAAUCCGUCUCUUCCCUUUCUGAUAUUUACUUUUACUGUGUAUUGAUUGUAAGGUAUUAGAGAGUUUAGGGAUAAAGAGAUACGUCAUUAGCAGAAAACAGAGCUCCCGUGCUACACCAGAAGAGGGAGAAAAUGGAAACCAAGCCAGGAUGUUAACUGCACAGGCAGCUAAAAAGCUCCCUCCCUGUUAAGCCUUGGGAUUAGGUGCUUUGCAGUGUUACAGUGCACUCCAUACAGGCAGAGCCUUGAGGCUUCUGGUACAGUCAUGGGUGCUCUGUGUGCUGCCCUUUGCGUGAUCAGAGCCCAAGCUGACUUUGAAAUUCCAACUUAGUAUGUGUAUGUUAUUAACUUUGAUGUACAGAGGAAAUGUUUUAAAAAACCAUCCAGUAAUAUCUUUUUAUGCUCUCUUAUAGCUGUAUCUGGCUAGGGUCACCUGAGCCUUAAAGCUUACUGUGUGCCAUACUAGAUGAAAACUGGGACUUUCAAACAGUAGUUUAUUAGUUUUAGGAAUUUAGCUUAAUCAGAUCUAUUUAUACUACAAAACAAAACAGUGCAUUUGUGUUGUGUGUGUAUAUACAUGGUAUAUUUUUGUUUAACAGGAAUUUUUGCACUGUUUAACUUUAUUGGAGUACAACUUUGUUCUUGCUACUUCAAGUGCUGCAUUUGUUAAGGUAUUAUGUGAGUCAAUAUCAUUUGAAUGGAAUGUUACCAAAUAGUGAAUAAUGUCUGACCUCAAUUCUUGCAGUGUGUUAUUUGUUGCAUUCUGAAGCUGCAGUGUUGUAAAGGUGUUUUUAUUUGGACAGAUGCCUAUGCAGCACCUUGCUGAAAGCAGUGCAAUGCAAAGCAGUCUGCCCACCAUGGAGUUUGCUUUUUACUCAAAUGAUGUUUAAUUGAGCCUCUCUUGAAUAUCCUGGUGUAUGGUGACAUGCAAUAUUAUCUACAGAAAAUUGAUUUAGCCAAACUAAACCACAGCAUUGUGCUCUGCUCCCUGACGCUCAUGUCGUUUCACACAUGGUGAAGCUUUUUGUUGUUUUCCUAGUAAAUAAUUUUUGCUUUUGUGAAUAGUGCCAAAAAGAUAAGCUGGGACAAUAAAGGCUCCCUGUCAUUUGUAAAACAA